AUGACUGACUUCAACCUCAAUUUUGAUAGGGAUAAUGGUUUUGUUCAAAUGGAUGGGUUUCAUAAUGGGGUUGGGACAAAUGAUGAACACGAGGACAUAGAAGUCAUUGAAAAUGAUAGAUGGGAUUUUUUGGAUGAAGGUUCAAAUGAUGAGAGGAAAAGAAGAUGUGUUCUUAAGAAUUUGGCUAAGGAGAAAAUAUGCAGUCCUGGCAAUGUCUAUAAGGACUAUGUUCUUGAAUUGCAAGCAACCAAUGUUGACAUAACUGUCAAGAUUGAUGUCUACAGUGAGCAUAACCCAUCAAACCCAACUACAAGGUUUAAAGGAAUCUACAUUUUCUUAGGUCCUUUGAAAAAUGAUUUUAAGGCUGGCCUCAAGGAUCUUUUGAUUUUCAUUGGUGCAAACAUGAAAGGAUUUUUCCUGGGAAGAGCAAUCUCUGAUAUAUUGUUAAAUAACAUUUGUGAGGUAUUUAACAGCAAGGUGAUGGAAAAGGUAAAAGGUCCUUUAACACCCACUGCAACAACCAUAUUGGAUGUAAACAAGUCUCAUGCAUCACAUUACAUUGCUAGGUGGAAUGGGGGUGAGAAAUACCAAGUGACUGAGGCAUGGCAAGAUCAACAUGUUAUAGAUGUUAGGAACAACACAUAUACUUGUAGUAAGUUAGAGCUAAUAGGCAUCCCCUGUAAAUAUGUCAUUGCAACCCUUUAUGAAAUGACCAAGAACUCAGAGGGUGUUGGUGACAUUUAUAUGUGGGUCAAUAAGGUAUACUAG